UUUGUGAGCCGCCUCCCGCCCUCGGCCCGCAGCGAGCAGCUGGAGGAGCUGUUCAGUCAGGUGGGGCCGGUGAAGCAGUGCUUCGUGGUGACGGAGAAAGGGAGUAAGGCAUGUCGAGGCUUCGGCUAUGUCACUUUUUCUAUGCGGGAAGAUGUUCAGAGGGCCCUCAAGGAGAUUACCACUUUUGAAGGCUGCAAGAUCAACGUGAGUGUUGCCAAGAAAAAACUGAAGAACAAGUCCAAGGAAAAGGGGGGAAAUGAAAAUUCAGAGUCCCCAAAGAAGGAGCAGAAGCCUAAAAAGGCCAAAGUGGCAGAUAAGAAAGCCAGAUUAAUUAUUCGGAAUCUGAGCUUUAAGUGUUCAGAAGAUGACUUGAAGACCAUAUUUGCUCAAUAUGGAGCCGUCCUAGAAGUUAACAUCCCUAGGAAGCCAGAUGGAAAGAUGCGUGGUUUUGCUUUUGUUCAGUUCAAAAACCUCCUAGAAGCAGGAAAAGCUCUUAAAAGCAUGAACAUGAAAGAGAUAAAGGGUCGGAUAGUAGCUGUGGAUUGGGCUGUGGCAAAGGAUAAAUAUAAAAAUACACAGUCUGCCUCUGCCCCAGGUGAGGAGAAGCAACCUGAACCUAAACAUCAGAAAUUAGAUAAAGUGAAUGGCAGGAAAGAAGAGGUUAUGAGAGAGGAAGAGGAUGAUGAUGGUGAUAUGGAAGAGGAUGAUGAUGAAGAUGGUGAUGAUGGUGAUGAUGGUGAUGAUGAAGAGGAGGAGAAGAAUAAAGAAUCAAAGGUGACCAAGCGUGUGCAAAUUCACAAGAGAGCAGUCAAGAGACCAGUGCCCUCAGAAAGCAGUGAAGAGGACCAUUCCGAUGAGGACAGCGGCCUGGAGGACGGUGAUAGUGUUGAUAGUGGAGAGGACCUCGCUCAGAGUGACACCCACACGGAAGAGCAGGAGGAUGAAGAUGUACAAGGCUCAAAGAAAAAGAAAAGGAAAUUACCCUCUGAUGUGAAUGAAGGGAAAACUGUUUUCAUAAGAAACCUGUCCUUUGACUCAGAGGAAGAAGAACUUGGGGAGCUCCUCCAGCAAUUUGGAGAUCUUAAAUAUGUCUGCAUUGUCUUACAUCCAGACACAGAGCAUUCUAAAGGUUGUGCAUUUGCUCAGUUCAUGACUCAAGAAGCAGCUCAGAAAUGCCUUGCAGCUGCUUCUCCAGAGACCGAGGGUGGCGGGCUGAAAUUGGAUGGCCGGCAACUCAAGGUUGACUUGGCAGUGACCCGUGAUGAGGCUGCAAAGCUUCGGACAAAGAAGGUGAAGAAGCCGACCGGAACCCGGAACCUCUACCUGGCCCGAGAAGGCUUGAUUCGUGCUGGGACGAAGGCUGCAGAGGGUGUGAGCGCUGCUGAUAUGGCCAAAAGAGAACGGUUUGAGCUACUGAAGCAUCAGAAACUGAAGGACCAGAAUAUCUUUGUCUCCCGCACCAGGCUCUGCCUGCACAAUCUCCCCAAGGCCGUGGAUGACAAACAGCUCAGAAAGUUGCUGCUGAAUGCCACUAGAGGGGAGAAGGGAGUGCGCAUCAAGGAGUGUAAGGUGAUGCGAGACCUCAAAGGAGUUUAUGGGAAAACUAAGGGUCAGUCCCUGGGCUACGCCUUUGCAGAGUUCCAGGAGCACGAGCAUGCCCUGACUGCCCUACGCCACAUCAACAACAACCCAGAAAUCUAUGGGCCUCAGAAGAGACCAAUAGUGGAGUUCUCUUUGGAAGAUCGAAGGAAGCUUAAAAUAAAGGAACUGAGGAUCCAGCGCAGCCAGCAAAAAAUGAAAUCCAAGUCCACAACUGGUGAGGCCCAGCAGGAGCAGCCGGAGCUUAGAGAAGACCAGCAACAGAAAGCAGCUCAAAACCACACACGGGAGCAAAGCAAGGCCCCUUCGGAGCAGAAGGGGAAGGCGGGCUCUGUCUCCUGGGCAGGAUUCCAGACCAAGGCCGAAGUAGAGCAGGUGGAGCUACCUGAUGGGAAGAAGAGAAGAAAGGUCCUGGCGUUGCCCUCACACCGAGGACCCAAAGUUAGGUUGCGGGACAAAGGCAAAGUGAAGUCUCUCCCUCCCCAAAAGCCAAAGCCCCAGAUAAACCAGUGGAAGCAGGAGAAGCAGAAAUUACCUCCCAAGCAGGUGCCUAAGAAAAAAGCUAAGGGAAAUAAGACAGAAAUUCGCUUCAACCAGCUGGUCGAACAAUAUAAGCAGAAAUUAUUGGGUUCUUCUAAAGGAGUGCCUCUCGCAAAGAGAAGCAAGUGGUUUGACAGUUGAUGCCAGCGGGCUGGAUAGAGGCUGGAUUGUGCGUUUCUUGGUGAAGCUCCCAGGCUCCUCCCCACCCCAGGGCUGUUUCCUAAGGGGAAGAACCCCC